GCCUAGAAUAUCCUCUGUAGCCCCAGCAGUCGAUUUUUAGAAAGAAGCUGUAAAUUACUGAGCUUCUUUGACCAGUUGACGAUUUGCACCAGUUGGAACAGCUUGCAGAAAACUGACUGCAUCAAGGGAUUUAUCAGCUGACGUUUGAGCGCCAAAUCCAGCUAUGGAGAAGCAGAAACUAUGGGGUGGUCGAUUUACUGGUGCUACUGAUCCUGUUAUGGAGAAAUUCAAUGCUUCUAUUCAAAUCGAUAAGCGGAUGUGGAGAGAAGAUCUGCAGGGGAGCAAGGCUUAUGUUAGAGCUAUCCAAAAAGUAGGACUGGUUUCUGAAGAGGAGUGUCAGUCAAUUUUAUCUGGUCUAGAAAAGGUGGGCGAGGAGUGGGAGAGUGGGACAUUUGAUAUUAAGGAUUCAGAUGAGGACAUUCACACAGCCAAUGAAAGAAGACUAAAGGAGCUGAUUGGUAGUGCAGCCAGCAAACUACAUACAGGACGCAGUCGUAAUGACCAGGUCAGCACAGACAUGAGACUGUGGAUGAAGAAUGCACUCCUAGUCCUCAAGACUGAGCUACAGACCUUUGUCACAGUAAUCCUCAACAGGGCUAAACAAGAAAUGGACGUUUUGAUGCCCGGCUACACCCACCUCCAGAGAGCUCAGCCAAUCAGAUGGAGCCACUGGUUGCUCAGCUAUGGUUGGAUGUUGAAGCGUGAUCUUGAACGUCUACAAGGAUUACAGACUAGAGUUAGUUCUCUGACACUGGGAAGUGGGGCACUGGCUGGAAAUCCAUUUCCAAUAGACAGAACAAGUCUUGCUUCAGACCUUGGAUUUCUGGACAUAUCUGGAAACAGCUUAGAUGCUGUAAGUGAUAGGGACUUUGUAGCGGAGUUUCUGUUCUGGGCCUCUAUGGUGGGGACACAUCUGAGUCGCUGGGCUGAGGACCUUAUUCUAUACAGCUCUAAGGAGUUUGGCUUUGUUACUCUGGCUGAUGCUUAUAGCACUGGCAGCAGCUUGAUGCCUCAGAAGAAGAAUGCAGACAGCCUGGAACUGAUCAGAGGCAAAGCUGGCAGGAUGUUUGGUCAUUGUUCUGGAUUCCUCAUGACAUUGAAGGGAAUACCUAGUACAUACAACAAGGACUUGCAGGAAGAUAAGGAAGCCAUGUUCGAUGUGUAUGACACUCUACUAGGUGUGGUUAAAGUAGCAAUAGGUGUCCUCUCUACUUUACAGAUAGAUGCAGACAAAAUGAGACAAGCUUUGAGCCCAGAAAUGCUGGCAACAGAUAUAGCUUAUUAUUUAGUCAGAAAAGGGAUCCCAUUUCGGGAGGCUCAUGGUUUAUCAGGAAUGUGUGUGGCACUGGCUGAAAAGAAGAAGUGUUCUUUAUCAGAACUAACACUACAAGAUUUCAGAUCUGUCAGUGAGCAGUGUACUGAGGAUAUUUUGUCUAUCUGGGAUUAUGAGAAGUCCGUAGAUCAGUACAGUGUAUAUGGAGGAACAGGGAAAACAAGUGUUACAGCUCAGAUCGAGAAUCUAGAGGCCUGGCUAAACCAGUCAGAUCUACUGCAAUGAGGGAGAAUCUAGAUGUAUUUACAUCACAGACAGAGAUGUUAGACACCUCACAACUUAGAAGCAAUGCAAAAAUACAAUGUCUACAGCUUUAAACAAUAGACAUUUGAUGGAUAUAACUUGGAAAAUCAAAACGUUUUCUCAUACUGUAUAGAAAGUCAUUGCCAUUGUGAUGGACAGUUUAUGAUAUUACUGACACCACAGGGUGGCUGACUACAAAUUUGCAUUAUGUCAAGAUGUUUUACCAUAUGUAUAUGCUAUUGAAUAAAUCAAUUGCAUUAAA